AUGGCCACUCCAUUGCAAUUGCAGUUGCCUCAGCAUGGCAUGGAUAGUGAGGAUUCCGGUCCGUUCCUGGACUUCCGUGCCCUGGAUCCUGUCCUGCCAUCCCAGCUUCAGUAUGUUGCGAAGGCAAUUGAGAUGGAAGUGGUUCAGCUUUCUGUCAUGGCUUGCGUGGACGAUCCAGGUUCCCACUACGCACAGGAGUGUCGUCGAGACAACGACCUUCUACAUCUUCCGUUUGGUGUUCGGUUGAAGGCCGUGUCGAUUCCACAUGGAGGUCUGCAUCCGGUGAAAGGCCUGUCUGGCUUUGGAGAGCCGACGCACAACCUCAUCGUAGAUGUCUGUAUUACGCGAGAGUGUGCUCCCUAG